CCAGAGCCGAGCGGCGGCCCGGGCGCAGGGGGGCGGCCCCCACCCAGGCCGGGUGCCCGGCCCCUGGCCCCUGCCUGCCCUCCAGACCGCUGCCGCCGCCGCUCCGCCGCCGUCGCCGCCGCUGCCGAGAAUCUGCCUGCUGCGGGACACACUAUCCCUCCCUCCAUGGAGUUCGGCCUGCUCAGCGAGGCGGAGGCCCGGAGCCCUGCCCUGUCGCUGUCAGACGCGGGCACUCCGCAUCCACCACUCCCAGAGCCCGGCUGCAAGGGCCAGGAGCACAGCGACUCGGAGAAGGCCUCGGCUUCGCUGCCAGGCGGCUCCCCAGAGGAUGGCUCUCUGAAGAAGAAGCAGCGGCGGCAGCGCACGCACUUCACCAGCCAGCAGUUGCAGGAGCUGGAGGCGACCUUCCAGAGAAACCGCUACCCAGACAUGAGCACGCGCGAGGAGAUCGCUGUGUGGACCAACCUCACCGAGGCCCGAGUGCGGGUAUGGUUCAAGAACCGGCGCGCCAAGUGGCGCAAGCGCGAGCGCAGCCAGCAGGCGGAGCUGUGCAAGGGCGGCUUCGCUGCGCCGCUCGGGGGUCUGGUGCCGCCCUACGAAGAGGUGUACCCCGGCUACUCGUACGGCAACUGGCCGCCCAAGGCGCUCGCCCCGCCGCUCGCCGCCAAGACCUUCCCGUUCGCCUUCAACUCAGUCAACGUGGGGCCUCUGGCCUCGCAGCCCGUCUUCUCACCACCCAGUUCUAUCGCCGCCUCUAUGGUGCCCUCGGCCGCGGCCGCCCCCGGCACCGUGCCAGGGCCCGGGGCCCUGCAGGGCCUGGGCGGGGGCCCCCCUGGGCUGGCUCCGGCCGCCGUGUCCUCGGGGGCAGUGUCCUGCCCUUAUGCCUCGGCCGCUGCGGCCGCAGCUGCAGCCGCUUCCUCCCCCUACGUAUAUCGGGACCCGUGUAACUCGAGCCUCGCCAGCCUGAGGCUCAAGGCGAAACAGCAUGCCUCUUUCAGCUACCCAGCUGUACCCGGGCCGCCUCCGGCCGCCAACCUCAGUCCGUGCCAGUAUGCGGUGGAACGGCCCGUAUGAGCGGCCUGGGCUGUGGAUCACCCCUAAGGGUGGGGGCGAUCGUUCACAACCUCCCCGGACUGGGGUCGUCUUGACUGGCUUGCCCCAACCCCAGGGUCUGAGAAGAGUGCUUGGGCAGCUGGGGGGCGGCCGGCUCAGGAGAGGGCCUUCCCCUUCCCAGCCCUGAGGGACCUACACACAGACCAAGCCCUUGGGACUAAGGCCAGGAACAGGAACCCCAGAAGCCAACUCACUCUUGGCCUAUCCCGCCUUCUCCAGACUCCAUUUCCACCGUUUUCAAAGAUAAAUCAAAUAAACGUGCGCGGACUGUCAAA